AUGACUGUCACAUACACAGCCAGAGUUGCAAAUGCCCGUUUCUGUGGCUUCUCCAAGCUGCUGCUGGCCUGGAAGGGCAGCAUCUACAAGAUGUUGUAUAAAGAGUUCCUGGCUUUCUUUGCCAUGUACACCGCCAUCAGCAUCACAUACAGAUUUGUCCUGUAUGAUGAUCAGAAGAGGUACUUUGAGAAGCUGGCAAUUUAUUGCAACCACUACGCCAGCCUCAUCCCCAUGUCCUUUGUUCUGGGUUUCUAUGUGACCCUGGUGGUGAACCGCUGGUGGAGCCAGUACACCAGCAUCCCGCUCCCUGACCGGCUCAUGUGCGUCCUGUCGGGGGGGCUCCAGGGCAGCGACGAGCGGGGCCGCCUGCUGAGACGCACCAUGAUGCGUUACGCCAGUCUGUCGGCCCUGCUCAUCCUCCGCUCCGUCAGCACCGCCGUGUUCAAACGGUUCCCCACCAUGGACCAUGUGGUGGAGGCUGGAUUCAUGUCAAGAGAGGAACGGAAGAAGUUCGAGAGCCUCCACUCUCCUUACAACAAAUUCUGGAUCCCCUGCGUGUGGUUCACCAACCUGGCAGCAGUGGCCCGCUGCGAGGGCCGGAUCAAAGACGAUCACACACUCACACUACUGCUGGAGGAGCUGAAUGGGUUCAGAGGGAAGUGCAGCAUGCUGUUUCACUACGACAUGAUCAGCGUUCCCCUAGUUUACACUCAGGUGGUGACUUUAGCGGUGUACAGUUUUUUCCUGGUGUGUCUGAUUGGUCGACAGUUCCUGGACCCAAAUCAAGGCUAUCCGGGUCAUGACCUCGACCUCUACGUGCCCAUCUUCACCCUGCUGCAGUUCUUCUUUUACGCUGGAUGGCUCAAGGUCGCAGAGCAGCUGAUCAACCCUUUUGGAGAAGAUGAUGAUGACUUUGAGACCAACUGGUUGAUAGACAGAAAUUUCCAGGUGUCCAUGAUGGCGGUGGACGAGAUGUACGGAGAUCUGCCGAUGAUGGAGAGAGAUCGAUACUGGAAUGACUCCAACCCUAGACCUCCCUACACUGCCGCCACUCUCUUUGUCCUCCGCAAACCCUCCUUCCAAGGGUCCACUUUCGACAUGGCGAUCCCUAAAGAGGAGAUGCACUUCCAGCCUCUGGAGGACAUCGCUGAGAACAUGGAGGAGUCAAGCAGUUAUCACCCCAACAUGGCCCUCUUCAACCGCCUACUCAACGCCGCCCCUUCCCCCACUGGACUCAUGGGAGGGGCUCUUCGUCGCACCUCAGCACAACUCCAGAGGCUACGCCACUCCCCCAGCAUCGACCAAUGCACGAGCGAUGAUGACGACGACGACGAAAGUGUUAAAAUAGGUAAAGGUGGGUCGCUGCCGUCAGGUCUGGGGCAGGACACCCAGAGCACCGUGUGCAGUGUCAGGGACGAGAAGGGCCUGAGGACACCGCUGCUGGAGGUUCAGUUUGGUGCGAACACCGAGAGGCAACGUCAUUCUGUCUUCAAUGAGAAGAAGGAGAUGAGUGAAGUUGAGGAGAAGAGCGAUGAAGAGUUGUACAUAAGGGAGGAAAGAGACGAAGUAGAGAGUACAGUUGGGGAGAUUCAAGCUCCUUCAUCACGGCUUCUACGUCCCCCCCCGUCCUCCAGAGAGACGUCCACUCGGUCAGCAUCGGGCAUUCCCUUCACUUCCCGUCACCGCUCUGCCUUCACGUUUCACCCGGCUGCCGACUCCAGUCUGGAGCACUGCAGCUCACAGCCGGCCAUCAACCACAACAGAGCUGUGCCCACUAUCCCCAAACCUCCUCUUGGUGGAAACAAAAAGUCUUUCCUCACUGUGCCUUCUCACAACGAACCUCAGCGCUUUCGCAGUGUGAGCAUGGGAUCAGAGCUCACUGGGUCUUAGAUGGACAUGGGGUGGUGAUGUUCCCAUUAACUUUUGGCUGUUUGAAACCAUAAUGAUCGAUCCAUUGCACGUUUUUUUAUGGAUAAAAUGUGUAAUAUAUACAAAACUGAGCUUGCACGUUUACUUUGAAUCUAUACACUUUUGG